AUGUCAGCAUUAGCAGAUAUCCCACAUCCUCCAACAACCGAGAUAAAGGAGGAACAAAACCGACCAGCACAACAACCACGCAGGAGAAAACGGCCGAGUUCCGUUUGCAUAAAUUGUAAAAAAAGGAAAAUCAAGUGUGAUCGACAGCUACCAUGCUCAAACUGUGUGAAGGCCAGAGGUAAUAUCCAGUGUUGUUAUGAUGAGGAAGGGUUCAAUGAUUUAGCACAAAAGUUGGAUCCAGAGGUUCAGCCAUAUGAACAAAGCGCCAAACAACCAUUGCAAUUCGUUAACAGUGUAUCCCCUAGUAGUUCGAGAAGUUCGCAUGUCACAUCCAGUAGAAAGAGAAGUAAUGCCAGCUACGAAGAGAACAAGUCCAAAAAGUCGAAGGAUGCGUCCGACCAACUUUCCAACUCCUUACUUGAAAUCAAAAUGUUGAAAGAAAGAUUGGAAUCCAUUGAAAACAAUCUCCACCAAAAUGGGCCAAAUAGUGAAAACUCCCCAAGUUAUCAACCACCAGCUAACAAAAACUUUCUGUUUGCUCAAACUACGCCAUUCUCGGUUCCUUCACCAGUGUUGCCACGUCCAACAAUCCAACCUCUGUUAUCUACUAUUUACAAUUUGUCAAACACGAGAACUCCAUCAACAAUACAGUUACCAUCUUUGAGAGAUCACAUGCCACCUCAUGAGUCGCCAAUGGGUAGUUCAAUUACAGGUAAUCUGGUGGCAUCCACAGCCACCUCGCCAAAUUAUGUUCCUCCCGAGUCAAGAACCAAUUUACUAGGAGUUAACCCUUACCUAAACGAAAUGGAAACUAUUAAUUUUUAUGACGAUUACUCUUCAGUUUGUUGCAAAGAUUUUAUGAGGGUUAAUUAUGGACCUUUUGCUUGGACUUCGAUGAUGAAGCGGGAUGAGGGCUUGAAUACGCUUUGGGAAUACAUUAGUAAGCAGAAAGAAAGCUCACAGAACUUUGUUGUUUGCCCGGUCGGCAAUGAAGUAACCCAAGAGAAUACGCAAGUGGUUAUCAGUGACAACAAUGAAUCAGAUAUGAAAUUUCGUAAACGUAUGUUGGAAAGCAAUGGGUAUAAUGAUGUGGUACCUUAUAAUAUGCUAAAGUCAAAAUUAAAAUCAAAAGCUAACAAGGAGACGUUGCAAUUAGAAUUGACGUUGUUUGAUAAUCAGCUUGGUUGUGAGUUGCUAUUGAUUGAUAGAAUACGGAGGACUCUUCCCAGUAAGAAAGUGGUUUGGAAAUUGAUUGAUAGAUUUUUUGAAUGGUGCUAUCCAUUUAUGCCUUUUUUAGAUGAAGAAGAAUUUAUUGAAUGGACGGAAAGGGUCAUUGGACCUCGAUCAUACGACGAUGUUUCGUUUAAAGAUUUGAAGAUUGAAAAGAGGUUGGACUUGGCCCUAGUGGGGACGUUGUUGAUAGCAAUGAGGUUGGCUUAUUUAUCUCUAUUUUCAAAUAAAGCGCUGGUGAAUGAAGAGAGAAUAAACACAACUGAUCUCAGCCCAAAAGCUCAAGACAUGAAGUAUCUAAUGCAAAAUCCUAUUGGCAUUGAGAGUAUUGAAAUUGCUCGUUACUGCUUCUAUCAGUUUGAUAUAUUGAGAAGAGCAAAUUUGCCCUUGAUUCAAUUGGCAUUGUUUAUGAAGAUUUACUACAUGUUUGCUCCAGAAGAUGGCGAUGACGGUGAUGGGGCAGAUUCAAAUGGUUUAUCUGCGUUAGUUGUUCAAAUGGCAUACUCCUUGGGACUCAAUCGUGAACCAGAAAAUUUUCCAGACGUAUUGACCGAUAAGAGAAAGAACCAUAUUGGUAGAAAGAUUUGGUUUCUUAUUGUCAUGUCUGAUGUUCAUCAGGCAUAUACUUAUGGAAGCCCCAUGCUUAUAUGUCCUGACAGCUACGAUACUAAAUUUCCCUUCUCAAAUGAGGAAAAUUCGAAUUUGAAAGACAAGAAUUUGGACAAGUAUAUCACCGAGUUGUACUUUGCGAAAGAUGCGGGAAUGCAAAAUGUUUUAAGGCAGCUCCUUAACAGAAUCCUUAGCUUGACAGGAAGAACCAAACUCAGUGAGUUAACUAAGUUAAUCAGUGAGCUUGAAGUAAGAAUGGGUCAAAUUUAUGGCUCAUUAAAGGAUUGCUUGCAGGCAAACACGUACAACACUCAUGUGUUUGCAAGAAACUUUCCUGCUAAACAUUACAUCUCCUUGAAGUCAUUUCUUGUGUCGACUUUUUAUCAUAUUUUUCUUCAUUAUGAAAACAAAGAUGUUCAGCUAACAUACUUUUACCUUAAGAAAAUAGUGCAGAUUGCUGCUAACGAUUUGAUGCCACACUACUUUGAAUUGAUGGGCAACAGUGCUGUAAUUUGCGAUAUGUUUAUUAAUCCCAAAUUGCAGCAUAUCAUUCACAAAUUGAAUCAGCUUAAUAUUGCUGUGAUAAUCAGAGUCAACUUGACCAUUUACAGGUUAAAGUCAAAACCUGAACAUGAAUCAAGGUGCUUGUCCGACAGUGCAUACUAUGAAUAUUACAAGGAGUUGUGUAGGUUCUCCUCCUGCCUAACCAGAUCUGCAGAAGUCUCAAUAGCAGCAGUAUCUAAAUUGAGUUCCAGGUAUUUUUACGCAUGGAAAUUGACAAAGAGCCAUUCGUAUUUUUUGAAAGUGGUCACUUCAAUGGACUUUUACAAUGAUGAAUUGGUCAAAGCUAAUCCCAAAGUCAAACUUCCUGACUUCUCCACUGCUCAGAUCAGAGACUUGGUCAAUUUGUGCGAAGGCACUUUGCGUAAAUUAGGUAAGGUCGAUAUGAUGGGUAAGGAAUUCUGCAACGAUGUAAAUUACAAUCAAUAUACCAACAAUGACGUGUCAUCGACCUCAUCAACAUCAAAGGACACGGACAACUUGUCAACUCCAACUAGUGAUACUUCAAUCGGAGAAUUCACCAAGGAAUUUGGCUUGGAUUAUCUCAACAGUGAAGAGAUUGAUCGAAUUUGGUUGCAAAUGUUGUCACAAAAUCAACAACAGCAGAACCAACAGAUUAACUAUGGAACUCCGCAGCCAAAUUUGCAACAGCAGCAGCAACAGCAGCAGCAGCAACAGCCUGUUGGAACUUCGGGUCCAUAUGGCCAGCCACAACGAGGGUAUGGAAUGUCAUCUGUGCCCAAUUGGCAAGGUGGAGCUGUGUUUAACCCAUAUGAUGUGCCUGUGACGCCAGGCUUUGUUACAAACGGAGGAUUGGAUGAUAUCAACCUGUUUGACUUUUUCAACGAUUUACCUCUUGAUCAAGUGUUUUCUAGUUAA